UUUAUUGCGGUUCAACCAGUUUUAUGACACUUCAGAAAGGAGGGGUGCGAGAAUCUCCUAUAAAAAGGGGGAGAAUAAACGAAGGAUCAGGAUCCUUUACAGCUUUACAGAUUUACAGCUGAGCAGAAAAUUAACAACUCGGUAGAGUCUCAUGGAUGUGUUCAAGCUUAAAAGUGUCGACCUGCAGUCAGCCAAAAACCAGUUCAACCACAAGACCAAUGGUCUGAGCUCCAGCACUUUAGUCCUGAGGAGAGGACAGGCCUUUCAGAUUUUGUUGAGCUUCGAUGGACGGGCAUUUGAUCCACGCCAGGAUAAACUUGUCUUCCAAGUUGUCCUAGGUCCGUUAACUGUUGAACUGCCUGUGUCUGGACUGACUGUGUCUGGAAUUUCGGCCUCUUGGUCUGGACAGGCUUUCUCUGGGACCGGAGAACAAUCUACAAUGCAAUGGAGUGCCACUCUGGAGCGGGGUAUACCCAAUCCAAACUCACCCCGCACAAUAUCAGUCUUGGUGCUCAGCACACCGUCCGCCUCUGUGGGGGUAUACAGCCUCAGCCUGAGAGCCGAAACACGCACGAGUGUGAGCACCCACUCGCUCGGUCAGUUCACGCUGCUCUGCAACCCCUGGUGUCAAGGUGAUUCAGUGUUUCUGAGCUCUGAGGAGCUGAGAGAUGAAUAUGUAAGGAAUGAUUUUGGAUUGCUCUUUAAAGGUGCACCGAGUAACUGCGUCUCUAGACCGUGGUCUUUUGGUCAGUAUGAAAGGGGGAUAUUAGACAUCUGUAUGAAACUGCUGGAGUUGAGUCCCCAGUGUCUAACCGACAGGAGAAGAGAUUUACUGAACCGCAGCAAUCCGGUCUAUAUUGGCAGGGUGAUCUCAGCUAUGGUGAACUCUCAGGAUGAUAGAGGUGUGCUGUUAGGAAACUGGUCAGGUGAAUACAGAGGUGGCGUUAACCCAUCAACAUGGUCUGGGAGUGCAGAUAUCCUCAGGAGAUGGUCAGAAUCACAAUUCAGGCCUGUUAAAUAUGGGCAGUGCUGGGUGUUUGCUGCUGUCAUGUGCACAGUAAUGAGGGCCCUUGGCAUUCCAACUCGUGUGGUCACCAACUUUAGCUCCGCCCAUGACACAAAUGGAAACAUGGUGAUUGAGGAAUAUUACUCAGAGUUGGGGAAAAAGCUAUCUCUCAGUAAGGAUAGCAUCUGGAACUUCCAUCUGUGGGUAGAGUCGUGGAUGAAGAGGCCUGAUCUGGGUCAAAGGUUUGAUGGUUGGCAGGUACUCGACCCCACACCCCAGGAGAUUAGCGCAGGAAUGUACAGAUGUGGACCUGCUGCUCUGAGGGCCAUUCGUGACAGGAGAGUUGAGGCAGAGUACGACGUACCAUUUCUCUAUGCUGCAGUGAAUGCUGAUGUGCAUACAAUGAUUGUGCAUGACGGGAAGAUUUUGUCAUCUGAGACUGACACCAGAAGAGUCGGAUCUCUGAUCUGCACCAAGUGUCCAGGAUCAAUGAAAAUGUUAAACAUCACCUCACAAUACAAAACUGAGACAGCAUAUAGGCCUAGCUCUGAAGAGACGACAAGAGUCACUCCUAAGGAUGUUUUUGUGUCUCUGAAUCUUCUGAAGACUCCUGUAGUCAGACAAAACAUUUUAUUCAACGUCACUGUCACCAAUAAUGAGAGCACACACAAAGAGCUUAAAGCGCACGUCAACGCUCAGAAUAAAGAGUACAACAGCAAUCCCACCAACACCUUCUGGGAGGCUCAUUACGACCUGAAGCUCGCUCCUAAAGAAACUAAGACUUUCAAACACGAGAUUUUGUCCAGCGAUUAUGCAUCUAAAGAGGUGAGGGAGGAUUAUCUGGUUAACCUGGCUGUGGUUAUAGAGGACAUGAAGACUCAGAAGAGAACACUGGCAUCUGAAGAGUUUAACCUCAUCAGUCCUACUCUCACUAUACAGAUCGCCAACGAGAACUCUGUCGUAGUUAAUACGCAGCAAACUGCCACGGUGACCUUCACGAGCCCCUUCACCGUUCCAGUGAAUGGAGAGCUUACGGUUAUGGGUUCAGGACUCUUGGAAGAGAAGGUUCAAAUCAGACUCACACUGAAGCCUGGAGAGACCAUGAAAAGACCCGUUCAGUUCACUCCAGAGAUGACAGGUUCCAAGAUGCUCCAGGCUAGUUUAAUGUUGACAAACCUGGCCAGUGUCCUCCAUGGGUUCAAGUCUAUCAAUGUCAUACAGGCUUGACGGGGGUGAAAGCUUAAAAGAUUUGUGGGUCAAUAUGUAUGAACUCAACUAAGCAUAUUUGAAAUCCUUGUUCUGCAGUUUUUCUCGUAUUAUGUUUAUUAAGAACAAUUGUUUUAAAGUUGAUCAUUGAUCAUUUCAUUGCAUAUACUUUUAAAUAUACAACCCUUGACACUGGAGGGUAGAAAUGAUGUGUGUUUCACAUAGUUAUCUGUCCGUCGGUAGAUAAGUCUAGAUCUGGGCCAGGAGGGCUUCCGUUCCUGAGGUGCUAGUCCGUGCCUACCUGGUGGCUCGGAUGGACGACCCUCACCUUUUCCGGAGCGAGAGGAGAUGGUUUAUCAGCCGGUCCCACAAUUGGUGGAACGGCAGCAGCUCUGAGAGGAGCUGGUCAAAGGCUCCUCUCCCAGCCGCAUCAGGUCUCCUCUCAUUACCUUGUUUAGCUUUCCGCCUGUGUCUCAUUACCAACACCAGCUCAUUUCUAUCUUCCUUUGUUAGUUCCCUUAUGUAAUGCCACUCGUGUAUUGUCAUGUGCGGAUCAUUGUCGUUUUUCAUCCCUGUCGUUUUCAUGUCUUGACUUGGAUUGCCUUGUUCCUGUUUACUGUGCACCGAUUUGUGGAUUUUGUCAAGUGGACUUUGUUAAUUUUGUCAUCUUUCGUUUUGCCCCCUUAGGGGGAAGUUUUUCUUUUGAGUCCUUGUUUAAUGUAGUUUUUCGCCCCAUCCUGGGUUUGUUUUGUAUUUACAUAUAUUAACAGUCUUUUUAGUUUAAUACAUCUAUCUGCAUCUGGGUUCUUCCUAUCCAUUUCCUGACAAAAGUAUUCCUUAUUUGUAAGUUAAAACAUAUGAUAAAUAAAUAAAUGUAAACCUGAAAGAAA